AUGAUGCUAGGUCGAGAAGGCGGGAUCGGUGUAGGAGGGAUCCAUCAACCGUUGGAAACAAAAAGAAGUCAAGGCGAAGAGAUGGCAUAUUUGGAUGUCAGACUGGGGCUCAAUUUGACGAACUGGUUGCCACCGGCCGCCUUGACAAGCACUUAUGGACACAAGAACGCAGGCUGUAUGCAAAAAGCAUCAGAAAAGCAGUAUCCAUACAAGCUCCUAAGCCUUUAA